AUGACGAGCGACUCCCCUUCCUUGCCAUUACUUGAUCAUUUGGUGAUUCUUGUAUCACAAGCGACGCUUUUGGGGCUCCCUGAACGACUGCAGGAUGUGUUAGUUGUUGCACCAGGUGGAACCCACGCAGAUGGUGUGACGAUGAACAAGUUGAUUCUGUUCGAGGACGGCUUCUACAUUGAGCUCAUUGCCUUUGUGGAUGGCAAAGAGCCAGAACAUCGGCAAAAGCAUCGCUGGGGGCAUCAGAAGGAAAAUAGCGUCAUCGAUUGGGCCUAUACUUUUCCGUCGGAAGAUGACUUCUACCCCGUGAAGCAACGUCUUCAGAGGGCGGCAACUUCUUCUCGAUACUCCGAUCCGAUACCAGGAGGUAGAAUAAGGGAAGAUGGAACCGUGCUCAAGUGGGCAGUGGCAGUUGCUCAGGAUGAUCUCGGCGAUGCGUUACAACCGGGAAUACUGCCGUUCUGGUGUCUGGAUCGUACUCCACGAAGGCUUCGAGUCCCGUACCAAGAAGAUUCUCACCAAACCCAACAUCCAUCUGGUGUGCGAGGCAUCUCUUCCAUUACUGUCACUGUUCCCACUGAGCAGCUCAAAGACCUUGCUGAAGCUUACAGCGCUAUUCAUGACCGCACUACAUCGACACAUAGCUGGCACUUUGGCGUCCCAAACAAGGAAUUUACGACAAACAAUUUGGUUUCGCUACUGGGGAGUGACCGCACGACGGGGAUUUAUGUCAAGCUUAAGGGAUCUCCAGGCGGUGCAAGCAGUGUGGAACUACUACCCGGGGUGGUUUUCGACAUAGAGCAAUAA